GUGUUAUUAUUCCGCAAUUCUGCAUUCUGUAUUGGCAACUGGCUACUGGCAGUUGACGCAUUCGUGAUUUUGUUUACUACGAAAUAGGUAUACAAUAAUACCAAAAACAUUGACUUAUAAAAUAAAAGUGUUAUUACUAUAACUUUAAAGUGCCUUAUGACUAAAAGUUAGAUGUGACAGAACUCUACUACUUACUAGUCUUCAAGUUGUUUAUAACUAUAAAUUUAUAACAUUGCAAUAAAAAUGUUUUAAUGGAUUUUCAUCCACUACACUAAUUAAAUUAUGAUAAGUUAAAUUUAUCAUGAAUUAAAUAUUGUUUGUGUACAAAACGUGUUAUAGAUACAAAUUUGAUAGUUUAGUGAAAUCAACUAGCAGAAAACAUGUCAGAAAAAGAGACCAAAAAAAAAGUUAUAUCCCAGAAAGAUUAUCUAAAAAGAUAUCUUUCUGGUGGAAAGAAGAAAAAAGACAAAACUAAAAUUCAAAAAAGAGUACAAAUUAUUGAUGACAAUAUUGAUUGUGUGGAAAACGAAAAUGAAAAUAAAAUUGGAUUUGAUCCAGUUGAUGAAUUUGCACCUCAAAUAGUAGGUGUUAUUGAUGAGAGGCCUAAAGAUAUUAAAACAUUGGACAUGUACAAAAAUAAAAAUCGGUGGAAACGAAUAGGUGGUGAUAGUGACAUUGAAGAAGAUUCUACUAAAAUUGACGUUGAUCAAGUCAACAAUUAUGUGCAACAAAUGAAUAAAUCUACUUUAAAUGAACUUAUAAAAGAGAAAAACGAAGAGUCAAUAGAAAAUGGUAUACCUAUUAGACGUGAUAGAAAAACUGGUAAGAAACGAGAUCUUAAAAGAGAAAGAGAAGAAGAAAAAAAGAAAGAAGAAAUAUUAAAAGAACAUAAAGCAAAAUAUGCUAUAUGGGGAAAAGGUGUAAAACAAGUUAAGGAUGCUCAGGAACAAUACCAGUCUGAUUUACAUGAGAUGCAAAAACCAUUAGCAAGAUAUGCAGAUGAUCAAGACCUGGAGAAUUUGUUGAAGUCUAAAAUCAGAGACGGAGAUCCAAUGCUUGAAUAUAUCACAAAAAAUAAAGGAUCAGGCGAAGAGUCUCCUGAUGGUGUGAGACAUGAAGUAAGAGAAUUUCGAGGGUUUUGUCCACCAAAUAGGUUUGGCAUACGUCCAGGAUUUGCAUGGGAUGGUGUAGACAGAUCAAAUGGUUAUGAACAGAAAUGGCUAUUGCAGCUAAAUUCUCAGAAAGCUGUGGAAGAUGAAGCAUAUAAAUGGAGCAUUUCUGACAUGUGAAUUUGUAUAAUCAACAUUAAUUCUUGUUAUUUAUGAUUGGCACCUAUAAUUAUGUUGUAAAAACAUGUAAUCAGACAAAAGUCUCAAUUUAUUAAAUUAAAAAUAUUUGUAAAAUUUCUAUAAAACAAUCAAGUGUGAAAAUUAAUAACAAAAUAAAGUGGCUGUCAUCCAAAUACUUUAAAAAUACUGAACAA